AGGCGGAGCUCGGGCGCUGGAGAGGCGGCGACUCCGCACCGCGAAGUUCGGCGGAGCGGCCGGGGGGGCGAUGGGCCGAGGCCCCCGCUGAGAGCCAUGAGCCCCGCCGGGCGCCUCCUCCCGCUGCUGCCGCUGCUGCUGUCCGCGAUCUGCCCCGCCACCGGGCACGUCUGCACCGGGACCGACAUGAAGCUGCUGCGUCCCUCCAGCCCCGAGAGCCACUACGAGACGCUGCGGCACCUCUACCAGGGCUGCCAAGUGGUCCAGGGCAACCUGGAGCUCACCUACCUGCCCCCCGACGCCGACACCGCCUUCCUCAAGGACAUUAAGGAGGUGCAGGGCUACGUGCUGAUCGCCGAGAACCAAGUCAACCAACUGGAGCUGCAGAGUUUGCGCAUCAUCCGCGGGACGCAGCUCUUCCAGGACCGUUACGCCCUCGCUGUGAUGGGCAACGCCGGUUCUACCGGCACACCGGGAUUGCGCCAGCUGGGCAUGCGGCACCUCACAGAGAUCCUGAAGGGAGGGGUGCGCAUCGAGAGGAACCCCCAGCUCUGCUUCCAGGAGACCAUCCUCUGGACUGACAUCUUCCACCGGCACAACGACCUCCGUGAUGAGACUUGGGUGGAGAGCACCCGGAACCGCAGCUGUCCCGACUGCCGGGCGCUGUGCGCCGAGGGGCACUGCUGGGGUGAGGGUCCGCAGGACUGCCAGACGCUGACCAACAGCAUCUGCCACGGCUGCCCGCGCUGCAAGGGGACGAAGCCGACGGAUUGCUGCCACGAGCAGUGCGCCGCCGGCUGCACCGGCCCCAAGCACUCCGACUGCCUGGCGUGUCUGAACUUCAACCGGAGCGGGAUCUGCGAGCUGCACUGUCCUCCUCUCGUCAUCUACAACUCAGACACCUUCGAGUCGGUGCCCAACCGCGAUGGGCGCUAUACGUUCGGAGCCAGCUGCGUCAGCCAGUGUCCCUAUAAUUACCUGGCGACAGAGGUGGGUUCCUGCACCCUCGUGUGUCCCCAGAACAGCCAAGAGGUCACGGUCAACAACGUCCAGAAGUGCGAGAAGUGCAGCAAACCCUGUCCUGAGGUGUGCUACGGGCUGGGAGUGGAUUUCCUCAAGGGCGUCCGCGCCGUGAAUGCCUCCAACAUCCAGCAUUUCACCGGCUGCACCAAGAUUUUUGGCAGCCUGGCUUUCCUGCCCGAGACCUUCGCUGGGGACCCCAACACCAACACGCCUCCCCUGGACCCCAAACUGCUGCGGAUCUUCGAGAGCCUGGAGGAGCUGACGGGCUUCCUCUACAUCGCUGCCUGGCCGCCAGGUCUACCCGACUUGGGUGUCUUCCAAAACCUGCGGAUCAUCCGGGGCCGCGUGCUGCACAACGGCGCCUACUCGCUGACGCUGCGGGACCUGGCGGUGCGGGCGCUGGGGCUGCGCUCCCUGCAGGAGAUCAGCAGCGGGAUGGUGCUUAUCCACCACAACCCCCAGCUCUGCUUCCUCCAGAAGGUGCCCUGGGACAGCAUCUUCCGUAACCCCCGCCAGCACCUCUUCCAGACCCACAACAAACCCCCCGAGCAGUGUGAGAGCGAGGGGCUCGUUUGCUUCCACCUCUGCGCCCACGGGCACUGCUGGGGCCCCGGCCCGACCCAGUGCGUCACCUGUGAGCGGUUCCUGCGCGGCCAGGAGUGCGUGGCCUCCUGCAACCUCCUGGAUGGAGCCAUCCGGGAGCACGCCAACGGGACGAGGUGCCUGCCCUGCCACCCUGAGUGCCAGCCCCAGAACGGCACCGAGACCUGUUUUGGAUCGGAGGCGGACCAGUGCGUGGCUUGCGCCCACUACAAGGACGCGCAGCAGUGCGUACGGCGAUGCCCCAGCGGGGUGAAGGCGGACGCUUCCUUCGUCCCCGUCUGGAAGUACCCGGACGAAGACGGCGUCUGUCAGCUCUGCCCCACCAACUGCACCCACUCGUGCACAAUUCGGGAUGAAGACGGCUGUCCUGUGGACCAGAAGCCAAGCCAGGUGACAUCCAUCAUUGCCGGCGUGGUGGGAGCUCUACUGGUCGUCGUCCUCCUCCUCAUCACAGUUGUCUGCGUCAAGCGCCGGCGGCAGCAGGAGAGGAAACACACCAUGCGGCGCCUGCUGCAGGAGACCGAGCUGGUGGAGCCGCUGACGCCCAGUGGAGCCCUCCCCAACCAGGCCCAGAUGCGGAUCCUCAAGGAGACGGAGCUCAAGAAAGUGAAAGUCUUGGGCUCUGGCGCUUUCGGCACCGUCUACAAGGGCAUCUGGAUCCCCGACGGGGAGAGCGUGAAGAUCCCGGUGGCCAUCAAGGUCUUGCGGGAGAACACAUCGCCCAAAGCCAACAAGGAGAUCCUGGAUGAGGCCUACGUGAUGGCAGGGGUGGGCAGCCCCUACGUGUCCCGGCUGCUGGGCAUCUGCCUGACGUCCACGGUCCAGCUGGUGACGCAGCUGAUGCCCUACGGCUGCCUCCUGGACUAUGUGCGGGAGAACAAGGACCGCAUCGGCUCCCAGGACCUUCUCAACUGGUGUGUGCAGAUUGCCAAGGGGAUGAGUUACCUGGAGGAGGUGCGGCUGGUGCACCGGGACCUGGCUGCUCGCAACGUCCUCGUCAAGAGCCCCAACCACGUCAAGAUCACAGACUUUGGGCUGGCCCGGCUGCUUGACAUCGAUGAGACUGAGUACCACGCUGAUGGUGGCAAGGUCCCCAUCAAGUGGAUGGCACUGGAGUCCAUCCUCCGGCGGCGCUUCACGCACCAGAGUGAUGUCUGGAGCUAUGGUGUCACCGUGUGGGAGCUGAUGACCUUUGGAGCAAAGCCAUACGAUGGGAUCCCAGCCCGGGAGAUCCCAGACCUGCUGGAGAAGGGCGAGCGGCUGCCACAGCCGCCCAUCUGCACCAUCGACGUCUACAUGAUCAUGGUGAAAUGCUGGAUGAUUGACUCUGAAUGCCGACCCAAGUUUCGGGAGCUGGUCACUGAAUUCUCUCGCAUGGCCCGGGACCCUCAACGCUUUGUGGUCAUCCAGAAUGACAUGAUCGGGCUGCCCGGCUCCAUCGACAGCACCUUUUACCGGGCCCUGCUCGAGGAGGAGGACAUGGAUGACCUGGUGGACGCUGAGGAAUACUUGGUCCCUCACCAGGGCUUCUUCAGCGCCGAGACCUCCACCACCUACCGCAGCCGCAUCUCCUCCACACGGAGCACGGCAGAGACUCCGGUUGAUGUGGAGGAGGGCGAAGGCUUGGCUGCCUUCCCCUUCCCCACCCAGGGCCUGGUGGAGGGGCCAGAGGGUCCCACGCCGGAGGUGCCAGAGGGGGACGGUGGGGCCAAGGCUGCCCUGCAGAGCCCGUUGGCACGGGAGCCUGGCACUCUGCCGCGGUACAGCGAGGAUCCCACCGGGCUGGUGGCCGAAGAAAGCGAGGACCUGGAUUCUGAGGGCUUUACCCCCCCGGUGCCCUGCACCACCAUGCCAGAGUACGUGAAUCAGGCUGGGGAGCGGCGGUCCCCACCCUGGCACCCCUGCACGCCCCCGUCCCCACCGGACAAGCCCAAGGGGCACCAAGGGAAGAACGGGCUCAUCAAAGAAGCCAAGCAUCCCUUCCCUGGUCCUUUCGGCCACGCCGUGGAGAAUCCCGAGUACCUGGCACCCCCCAGCCCGCCCACCCCCAGCCCCUUCAGCCAGGCCUUUGACAACCCCUACUACUGGAACCAGGACCCCCCCAAGGCCGGUGGCCCCAACAGUGGUCCCGGCACAACACCCACAGCUGAGAACCCCGAGUACCUCGGCCUGGCCGGCCCUGACGACGCGGCUGUGUAGGGCAAGGCAUGGAGAGACCCCCCUUGAACUUCACCGAGGCAGCUUGGGGAGGGACGGCACGGCGAGCUGGUGGCUGUCCCCUCUGCCUGGUGGCAUCUACACUAAUGCUGCGGGGUGACACCAGCCACAGAGGGCUGGGGGAGCCCAGGACGCUUUCAAAGAGCCCAGGAUGCUGUGGGACAGAGUGGCAGCACGUGUGGGGACGGAGACGGGUCACCCUUCACGCCAGACGUCAUUCUGGGCUUCCCUGGAAACUGGACACCAGCAGGAGUGACCCACAAGCCGUGCUGAGCUGGACAGUGCAGAGACUGCACCCAGGAGCUCAGCCUGGAGAAGGACAACCCGCCACAUCGCCCCAAAGGCUCCUCUGCCACCCUGCACCCUUCCAAGACUGUUUCUGGUCCAGCUCAUCCCACAAACCUCGCCACUAUUGCCACCCUCCCCCUUUCCUGGUGCCCCAGCUGCGCCGGGAAACACGGACUUGCACUGAGAGCGGGCGGAUGCCGGGCUCGUGUCCCGGUCCUGGCUCCUCCUGGAUUGUUUUGAAGCCGACUGUAUCGCACCGAGAUGUAUAUUUGGUAAUUGUACAUUGGUUUUUUUAAUACUCCCUUUGUCUGUGUGGUUCCCCCAUCUCCGUUGCUGGCGCAAGGGACCCAGUUCCAUCUCCCAAGGACCAUCCUGUCCCUUCUCUUCCCUCCCAGCCUCAACUGCCACCACCGGAGGAGGCAGGGAAAAGGGCAGGACCUGCUUACCUGGAGGGUAAAAGUCCUGAUCCCGCUUGGCUGCCAACCAAGGGUAGGGCAGGCAGGACCUGAUCUAACCCCGCUUUCGCGCCCGGUUGCCCGCGUCCCACCCCAUCCUCCAGGUACACGUGAGGGGCCACCUUCUCUGCCCUUUAUUCAGGUUGGGUUUAUACACAGUAUAGAAUAAAUAGGGCCCCUCCGCUGGCUCGGCUGCCCCGUGGCGCAGGGCAGGGUCAUUAGAGGCGGAAAGUGAGAGCCAAGAGCCUGCGAACGGGGAGUGGGGGAAGCCGUUAAAUAAACCUCUUGGCCGUGGGGACGGAGCCAAGCCGGGGUUCCCAUGCCUGGCCAGGGCAGCUGGUCCCCGCUGCCCUCGUACUGGUUUAAACAGUGACAGGAAAGACUUUUAAUUAUUAACGAGUUACGCUCAAGUUUACAGCAAGUGGUUUUCCUUCUGCCUUAACCUGUUGGGAGCUCUAGAGCUGCAAAUCCCCUCUGACAGCUGGCCUGGCUCCCCCCCAGGGCUGAGCAGAGCGUUCCGAGUGCCCCAAAUCCCCAUUGGCUGAGGGAAGGGAACCCCCCCCUGCACUGCCAGGCAUGGGGGAAGGCGAGGACAGGCAGGGGAGCCAUGCUGUGCCACAGCA